AUGGCACCCAUCAAAGUCGGAAUCGUAGGCUACGGCUUCUCAACGAAGGUCUUCCACCUGCCGUUCAUUCUCCCCAACCCGGAGCUCGAAGUCUACGCCUUUCUGCAGCGGGCAGCGGCUCCUACUGACCCGUCUCAAACACCGCGCUGGGGCCAUUGCACCAUCGACUUCCCCAAGGCAAAGCACUACCGAACAACCGAUGAGUUUUAUGGCGACGAGCAGAUCGAGCUGGUUAUUGUUUGCACCGGCACCCACGAGGAGUUUGUUGAGAAGGCUCUGCUGGCCGGGAAGCAUGACCGAAGGUUCGACAGUGACUUCCGCACGCUGCACCACCUGGUGAGCAACGGCGCUCUCGGCGAUAUUCUGGAGGCAGACAUCCGCUUCGACUACCCCGACCCGGGCUGGAUUUCAAACUGGACCAAGAAAGAGUAUGUCCCUGGCCAGGGAAUGACGUUUGCGCUAGAAAGCCAGGGUAUCGCUGCUCCCGGACAGCCGGCAACGGGUCCAGAGUUUGGUGUUGAGAAUGAGCGCAUCUGGGGUACCCUGACCACCACGACCGAGUUUGACGGAAAGGUCCAGCGGUAUGACGAGGAGAGCAAGAAGUACGUCGGCAAGUACCCCAGUCUUCGGGGAUGGUACAGGGGAUAUUAUGAGAAUGUAUCUGCUGCUCUUUUGGGACGCGAGGAGAUUUUUGUCAAACCGGAGACCUCGAGGGACGGUCUGCGGAUUAUCGAGCUGGCGAGGGAGUCGCAUGAGAAGGGAUGCACAGUGGCAUGGUCAUAG